AUGGCUCGGUUCCUUCUCUUCCCUCUCCUCCUCGCCCUCCUCUUCUCCAUUUCCUCCGCCGAGAUCCGCUUCUCGGAGGUCCGAUCCGACGACCGCCCGAUCAUCCCCUUCGACGAAUUCGGAUUCACUCACUCCGGCCGCCUCGAGCUCAACGUCUCCAAGAUCCAGCUCUCCGACACCAACCCCGAUCUCGACCUUGCCAAGAUCGGAUUCUUCCUCUGCACCCGGGACACAUGGCUCCACGUCCUCCUGCAGCUCGAGGACGGCGAGAUCACCUGCGCGCUCCAAUCCGACCUCAUCAAGACCGUCUUCACCUUCAAGGACAUCCCCGUCGGGAAGAAGGAGCACAGCGUCGUCUACAAGGAGAACGAGGCCGAUCAAUACACGCUCGUCUUCGCCAAUUGCCUGACCUCGCUCAAGGUCUCCAUGGACGUCCACUCCGCUAUGUACAAUCUCGAGAGAGGCGGCGGCACUCGCGAUUACCUUUCCGCCGGUAGGACGAUCCUGCCUAGGGUUUACUUCCUGUUCUCCUUGGUCUAUUUCGUUCUAUCCGGAAUCUGGAUUUACGUCCUCUACAAGAAGCGCCUCACCGUUUUCAGAAUCCAUUUGUUCAUGCUCGCUGUCGUGAUCAUGAAGGCUCUGAAUCUGCUGUGUGAGGCCGAGGAUAAAUCGUAUAUCAAGAGGACCGGCAGCGCUCACGGAUGGGAUGUGUUGUUCUACAUCUUCAGCUUUUUCAGGGGGAUUACUCUCUUCACUCUGAUCGUCUUGAUUGGAACUGGGUGGUCGUUCUUGAAGCCCUAUUUGCAGGACAAGGAGAAGAAGGUGCUGAUGAUUGUGAUCCCGCUUCAGGUUGUGGCGAAUAUCGCGCAGGUGGUGAUCGACGAGACAGGGCCCUAUGGCCAGGAUUGGAUCACAUGGAAGCAGAUUUUCUUGUUGGUUGAUGUGGUUUGCUGCUGUGCGGUUCUGUUCCCCAUUGUCUGGUCCAUCAAGAAUCUGCGUGAGGCUGCCAGGACCGAUGGAAAAGCUGCAGUGAAUUUGAUGAAGCUGACCCUGUUUAGGCAGUACUACAUUGUUGUGAUCUGCUACAUUUACUUCACCCGUGUGGUGGUUUAUGCGCUGGAGACCAUCACUUCGUAUAAGUAUCUCUGGACCAGCGUGGUGGCGAGUGAAUUGGCCACCCUUGCAUUUUACUUGUACACCGGGUUGAAGUUCAAGCCCGAGGCACAUAACCCUUACUUUGUUAUUGAUGAUGAGGAAGAGGAAGCUGCUGCGGAACAGUUGAAGCUUGAAGAUGAAUUCGAGUUGUAA